ACUUCGUAAACUUCCGAUCCACGAUGGCUGGGGAUCAUAGCUCCUGGUCGCGAGCGUUGACGCAGAUCUCUCCCUACACCUUUUCAGCUAUCGGUAUUGCCAUCUCCAUAGGCGUUUCAGUAUUAGGAGCUGCUUGGGGGAUCUAUAUAACCGGAAGUAGCUUGAUUGGGGCUGCCAUCAAAGCUCCUCGCAUUACCUCCGAAAAUCUCAUCAGUGUAAUUUUUUGUGAGGCAGUUGCUAUAUAUGGUGUCAUUGUGGCUAUCAUACUCCAAACAAAGCUUGAGAGUGUCCCUGCCUCCCAGAUCCAUGCACCAGAGUCCAUUGCAGCUGGCUAUGCAAUUUUUGUGUCAGGGAUAAUUGUUGGAUUUGCCAAUCUUGUGUGUGGGAUAUGCGUUGGAGUGAUUGGAAGCAGUGGUGCUUUAUCUGAUGCACAAAACUCUACACUUUUCGUUAAGAUUCUGGUGAUUGAGAUAUUCGGUAGUGCAUUGGGGCUCUUUGGAGUUAUAGUAGGAAUAAUCAUGUCGGCUCAAGCAACUUGGCCAUCCAAGGCUUAGUGAGUUGUACUUGACGUUGCAUUAAGAGCAUUUUACUUCAUAUCUUCUUAUGUGUUCUACAGUUCUGUAUCAUAUCGGUCUCAAUGAAUUUCAGAAUCUUUAAUUUACUCUUCGUCUGAAAGAAUUGCAACAAAAAAAAAACAAGCAUAGGUUUUUGCCUGCCUUUUAUUUGUGCAAAGCAGGACAAUGAUUCUUUUUUAAAUGUUGGAUAGACGUGUCCUCCACAAAUAUGCUAAUGAAGAUGUUUCAUUGGGGUCUUGGUUUAUUGGGCUCGAUGUGCACCACAUUGAUGGUAGAAGAUUAUGCUGUGGAACUCUACCUGAUUGUCAAUGGACGGCUCAUGCAGGCAACAUCUCUGUUGUCUCAUUUGAUUGGACCUGCAGCGGGGUAUGCAGGUCAGCUGAUAGAAUAAAGGAAGUCCACCGACGGUGUGGUGAGGGAGAGAAAGUCCUCUGGAACACUGCUUUUUGAAUCACACUGUGUUUCUUCCCACCUCCGGAAGAUGCAUAAUCACGAGUGUACAAAGCAUUUCCAUUAUACUAUUCUCUAUAGAUGGAAGUUAUGGUUGGUGAUCCCCAUGGGGGAGAGAGAUAUGAGGAAAUAAAUGACUAAUGCUACAUGGUCAUCAUGGUGUACACCAUCUUUAUAAAAUUACCGGUAUAUCCUUGCCCUAUAAACUUACUCAUACAUCCAUUUAUGCAAAGAUUUAACAGUAAUUUGGUAAUCAGUGUGUAAUGGGAUUCUUGCCAAUGGUGCAUUUCUUGCAAAAGCCCACAAAGUGAGAGUCUUCUCAAACCAUAUCCCUUGAUCAUUUGUUCUUACGGCAUUU